CGUCACGUGACCCCGGACAGUGACAGGAUGGCCGAGCAGGCGGCGACAGCGGCGAGCAGCGGGGUGGUCCACAGGGUGCUGUCCGUCGUGGGGGCCCAAGGCCUGGUGACCAGCGCGUGGGGCUACGUGGACAGCACAAUCAAGUGGUGUUGGAUCCCCAACUGGCUGCCGUCAUGGUGCCCCACCUCUCAGCUCCAGCUGCAGGCUGCAGAGGACCUGAUGCUGCGGUGUGUAGAAAGUCCCUUCUCCAAACGGCAUGUCCCCAUCUCCAACGGCAACCAGCUGUGGACCCUGAGCUUCGGCGGCGACCGCGUCAAAGGCGAAACGCCCUUGGUCCUGCUCCACGGGUUCGGCGGCGGCGUGGGCCUCUGGGCUCAGAACCUGGACGCUCUCGCCCGGCGCCAGCCCGUCUUCGCCGUGGACCUGCUGGGCUUCGGCCGGAGCAGCCGUCCCCGGUUCUCCUCGGACGCCCGCGAGGCGGAGGAGCAGUUCGUGGAGUCGAUGGAGCAGUGGAGGGCCGGCGUGGGUCUGGAGUCCAUGACCCUGCUGGGACACAACCUGGGAGGGUACCUGGCCGUGGCGUACGCCAUCAGAUACCCGGACAGAGUGAAGCACCUCGUGCUGGUGGAGCCCUGGGGUUUCCCCGACAACCCGGCCACGGCGGAGGAGGCGGACCACCCCAUCCCGGUGUGGAUCAAAGCCCUCGGCUCCAUGUUCAGGCCCUUCAACCCGCUCGCUGGCCUCAGGCUGGCCGGACCACUCGGGCCCACCUUGGUCCAGACUCUGAGGCCCGACUUCAAGAAGAAGUUCUCCUCCAUGUUCACUGACAACACGGUGACUCAGUACAUCUACCACCUGAACGUGCAGAGCCCCAGUGGGGAGACGGCCUUUAAUAAUAUGACCGUUGACUACGGCUGGGCUGUGAGGCCGAUGCUGCAGAGGAUGGACCAGCUUCAGCCCGAGAUCCCCAUCACCAUCAUCUACGGAUCCCGAUCCAGCAUCGACUUCAACUCGGGCAGCACCCUGAAGGAGAUGAGGCCGCACUCUCAUGUGGAGAGCAUCACGAUCCGAGGAGCCGGACACUACGUCUACGCUGACCAGCCGGAGGACUUCAACCACAAAGUCCUGCAAGCAUGCGACAAAGUGCACUGAAGCGGAGACGAGCCUCGGUUUCUGAACUUUGGAGAAAAGAGGAGCACCAAAAACAGAAUUCCCUUCAGCAGGAAACACAUGAUUCCAUUUACUCAAAGCGGGAAUAUUCUUAUAUAAUGAGGAGACACUUCCAAGUGUGAAUAGACACCUUUUAUGCAUGUUUUUGAGAGGAAACACAAGGAUGAGGCUCAAUAUUUUUAGGAGUCUUUUUUCUAAUAUAACGAUUUUAAAUUUAGUUGCAUCUUAAAUUAUGUCGUACUGAACCAGAAUCAUUGUCUUUCAACAAUCUCAGUUACUGACAUAUACACAUAUAUACUUUUCCUGUAAAGAAAAGUAUAUAUGUGUAUAUGUUUCCUGUGUUAACGCUGCAUUCUCUCUCCGGACCACCAGGGGGCGACUCCUCUUGUUUUAUAUGAUUAUAUGCUUCAUGUGAUGAGUCUGCAUUCUCUCUCCGGACCACCAGGUGGCGAGCGACCCUGGAAAAUGAAAGACGCAGUGAUUUUAGUCCCAUACCGUGGACUAGAAUCAGGGUUCUUGACCUUUGCUGCAUCGGUUUAAAGAAGAAGGAGAAGGAGAAGAAGAAGCUGAAGGAGGACGAGAAGAAGAUGAAGGAGGAGAAGAAGAUUAAAACAAGUAAACUAUCACCACCUCAUCACCACAUUUUCUUUAGGUUAAAAUGCGAACUUUAUGGUAUAGAUUACGGAUAGAUGCGCAUUUUAUAAAGAAGUGUAAAGUUGAUUGGACCCGUAUGAGGCUCUGUUAAGGUGGUGAUGAGGUGGUGAUAGUUAGCGAGUUGUAAUUAAUGUAUUGUCGCCUAAAGAAAGAAAAUAAAGGAGCGUCACCAGCA